AUGGUCGCCAUCAAUAUUUUUCAUGAACCUUCAUUUGCGGAAAAGCUUUCAAGUACUCCUUCUCUGUGUCAAUUGAGUGCCCUUCUCGCUGCCAUAGCUGGGUAUGCCUCACGGUUUCUUGCCCCGAGAUCAAAAAUCUCACCUCUCGAUGAAUCUCGAACCACUGGAAAAAGUCAUCAACAUCCUGAAUAUUUCGUUGGCCGUGCCUUCGAUUACGUGAACAAGGCUCUUGUAGCUUGUGAUGAUGAGACGCCACCUCUUUGCGUUCUCCAGGCUCUCAUUAUCGCAACGCAGUGUCAACUGACUCGAGGGGUUCGCGGAAAGGCAUGGAGGUCUCUCGGGCUGUGUGUUCGUUUGGCAUACGAAAUGAACUUGCAUCGUCUUGAUUCUAGAACGGGUUCGAAAUCUGGCGAUAUCCACCAGUGGCAAGCGGAUGAAGAAAAGCGCCGUGCCUUUUGGGCAAUCUGGGAAAUGGAUGUCUUUGCCAGUACUAUUCGUCAGACACCAACCGCCAUUGACUGGGGACACAUGGAGAUCCUACUGCCCGUUGAUAAUGCCAAUUGGUUCCAGGGCCGUCCAACUCCCAGUUGCUUCAUGGACGCCGACCCAAACCAGUGUUGGAAGGCGCUCCAGGAGAGUGGCAACCAGUCUGCCAAAGCAUGGUUUCUGGUAAUAAACUCUUUCAUGAAAGUAGCCCAAAGCAUUUCUGAUCCCCAACGGCUAUCCGCUAUGGGAAACCCGGGCCACUACCAGCCCGACCACCGCACCCCAGGAUGGGUUGAGGAGGGUUGCCAAAAAUUGGAGAAAUUGGGGAACGCAUAUUUGGCCUUUGGCGCGCCGGUACAAGGGCAAUUGGAAUCUCAACGACAGCAGCAUUGUUCUUUAUACAAUAUCUUCAUCAUGACACAGCUUGUUUGGUUGAUGAUCCACAGAUACGAUGCAUUCAGGCCUCAAAUCCGUCAGCCCGAAACCAACUAUUGUCACCGCUCCGGAGAUAUCGGCGGUGGGGUUCUAUUCAGCCCGCAUGACACCGAAUGUAUUGCACAGCAGCAAUAUUAUGAAGCAGCUGAUCGAAUCUUAAGAAUCGUGAGUCAAAGCUGCGAGGAGCAUAUUCAACACAUCAAUCCGUUCCUUUCCAGCACCUUGUGGCUUGCCUCCGCGGUGCAGCUGGUUCGCAAACACUUUGCUCGAGCACCUGCCAAUCGAAGCCUGAUCAAAUCGCGGUUCGACGUUCUAUACAUGACCUACAGGCGGUGUGUUGACUUUUGGGGCACCCAAACCGCUAUGCAGCGGAAUCUGGAGUCACUCGAAGAGCAAUUAGAAGCUAGGAAUAGAAAGAUGGAUUCUCGUGACAACCAACCUUCGUCAGACCACCAGACUAGCCACAUCGAGCGCCACGCGAAAAGGAAACAAACACACCAUACCGUAUCAAAUACCAUGAAGCAAGCCAAUGUCUCCUGUCUUCCAACUAAGAGAAAGCCCAAAAACAUGCCUCCUCAAUAUAUACCGGAAACACCCACCAUUCCUGUCGAGCCCUCAGCAUUGCCCGAUGGUGGACUGGAUAUUACAGUCCAGGGCUAUGCGAGACAGCACUCGGCUGCAGUAGAUAGUAUGGCGAUGCUGGACAUGAUGCCUCCUCCACAACCCGAUGGGAGCCAGACUACUGGGACCUGUGUGAUGCCUACUAACUCUGAUUCUCUUGAUUUAACAAAUAUGGGCUACGCCCACAAUGAUCAGGAUUUUGAAUGGCGCGACUUUGAUCUUUCUGGUGGUAUACAUGAUUUGCUUGCUGAGUGGACCACAUACUAA